UGAUGUCGUGAUGCAGAAUUAGGCUUAAGCGUAUGUACAGUACAGUUAGUGCUGGUCGUUAUUAAUAUUAUUAAUACUACAAGUAUAACAGUAAAAAUAAUAACUUUCAGUUUAUUUGAUAUGUAAGUCAGUGGUCAUAAAUGUAUGAACAAGCAGUUUACUCUGUGUGAGAAAUGACUUCAUUUUGGGAACAUCCUACAUUAUGGUUAGUGUUUGGACUGGUAUGGAUUUUGAAACUACAUUCAUGUUUUCAUGUUCAGACAAGAGACAUAGAUGUUGCUAUUGGCCGAGGAGUUUUCCUACAGCCUCAAGACUUGAUAUUUCAUGGCAUUGGUGCUGAUGAUAUUUGUAGGUUGGAGGUAGUUUCUGUGGAACCAAUGAGUCAAAGAGUUGGCGUAUUGGAACCAAAGAUCUUUGACUGUUUCUUCAAACCUGACAGGGUGAGAUACACCCACUUCGGGUUACCUUUUAUAAAGCAGGACAUUAUUAAGUUAUAUGCUUACAAGCUUUCUGUUAACAACACUAUCUCUCGCUCGGUUACACUGACGAUCAAUAUAAAAAGUGUUAAAUUUGAUGUAACAGUUGUUAAAGCUCCACUGGUAGUGGAAGAUUUCUUUGGUGUAUCAGAACCUAUAUCGCAGAAAAAUCUUGAGUUCUUGUACAAUAAACAGGAUGGAGCAUCUUGCAAAGUUCGUUUUUCAGUCCAUCAAAGCAGUUGGCCUGCAUAUGGUCAAAUUGUAAUUGGACAUCAGAGAAGAUUCAUUGAUGUAAUAAAAGUUGACUGUGAUGACUUGGUGCAAGUUGACCUUCAAUAUGAGCAUCUAAAACCACCAACUCCAGAUACAGAUUAUAUCUUAUUGUUGGUGGAAACAAGUGAUCCUCACCUUAAUGGAGGUGGUUUGGUGACAGAGUGGGUCACUUUACCAGUGGAAAUUAAAUCAGGAUUUCCAAAUCUUCCACCAAAGGCUUCUUUUUCUAGUACAUUUCUGAUGGCUGUUCAGCAGUUUAUACUUACUCCAAUCACACCAAAUGUCCUUUCAGCCUCAGAUGGGGAGACUCCAAAAGGAAAAUUAAUAUUUAAUGUUAGUACAGAACUCACACCAGAUGUUGGCUUUAUUGUACAUUUGUCUGACCACACACAACCGAUUUAUUCAUUUCGCCAGAGUGAUAUUGAAAAUGGAGAUAUAGCUUAUAAACCCUCAACUAAACCUGUCUCAGCAGACCAGACUUUAUCAAUUAAAUUUAUAGUGUUAGAUGCAGAGUUUAAGGAAAGUGAUCCAGUAGAGCUUCAUAUUUUUAUACGGUCAUCAACAGCAUCAUUUCCUCGAGUGUCUGUUAGCUCUGGCUUAGUGCUUCUUGAAGGUCAGUCACGUCCACUUCUGCCACAGAACCUUGAAGUUGUGGAUAAAGAUAAUAUAGAAGAAGUUCAAGUGUUUGUGUCAGGGGGUUUGAAACAUGGUCAGCUGAAAGUAGGUGGAAAGUCGUAUAUUUCUUUCACUCUUGCAGAUCUAAUUGGUGGCCAUGUGGUAUACCAUCAUGAUGACAGUGACUCUUCUAAAGAUACCAUUCAUCUAAGAGUGACUGAUAAGUCACAAUCUACUUUGGUAGCAUUCCCAGUUACAGUUCUUCCAAAAGAUGAUGACCCACCAGUAUUAACAGUAAAUGUGGGUUUGCAGUUAGUGCAAGGUGGGUUAACUAUAAUAACUCCUACCCUGCUGAAUGCCACUGAUCAAGACUCAGAAGACCAAUACAUUACAUAUGUUGUGAAGAAAAAAGCAGAAUUUGGAGUUCUGUGGAAAAAACAUGUAUGGGAAGUAGUGGGAGUAGAAGUUCAGAACUUCACACAAGGGGACAUAAACAAUGAACUUAUUUAUUAUCAUCACCUUGGAAACAAGGGCUCAAUGGAUUCAUUUGAAGUAAUAUUGAUGGAUGGAAGUGAUCCUCCCAACAAAUCUUUUCCAUACAAGGUUCUUGUGGGAAUUAAUCCUGCUAGUAACGAACCUCCUCAGCGUCAUCCCAAUUGUUCUCUUCAUCUUGAAGUUAAGGAAGAUGUGGUUGGAAUUUUGACCCAAGACAUGUUACAUUAUGUUGAUCUUGAUUCAAAACCAAGUGAAGUAGUUUUUACUGUUACAAGUUCUCCUCGAUUUAUAGGAUCAUUUGCAUUGUCAGAUGCAGGAAAGUUUGUUUCUGUUGCUGGUCAGGUGUCAUUAAAGAAAAAUUUCACCCUUCCAAGCUUAACAUAUUUUACUCAAGAGGAAAUAAGGCACCACAAAGUGGCAUAUAUGCCACCAGCAUCUGAUGUAGGGCCAAACCCCCAAACCCUGCAGGUGGUCAUGUCAGUUUCUGAUCGUCAAGGAAAUACUGUUACUGGCCAGUUUUUCAACAUUACUAUUUUGCCUGUUGAUAAUCAGGCUCCUAAACUUUACACAGGACACAUUCUGGUACAAGAAGGGUCUUCAACACUUCUUUCAACAAAUGAGGUGUCUGUGCAUGAUCUGGACACCUUAUCUUCAAAGCUUAUGAUCAGUCUUUUUACUGUUCCUCUUCAUGGCUCACUUUUGCGAGGUGGCCAGGUACUGCGGGUAGGAGACCUUCUUUCUCUAGACGAUAUUCUGACCCUUCAAGUGGAAUAUUCUCAUGAUGGUUCUGAAUCCAUAUCAGACAGUUUCACUGUAGGUGUCAGUGAUGGUAAACAUUUUGUUUCUGGAAAUGUUUUAGUAGACGUUGAGCCUGUAAAUGAUCAAAAUCCUGUUUGGAAGAGGGGGUUGAAGACCGAAGUGACUGUUAAUGAGGGUGGCUCUGUUGUUUUAACACCGGAUGUUCUUGCUGCUAGCGAUCUUGACAGUGAUGAUUUAUCCCUCAUCUUCAGUUUGACUGAAGCCCCAUAUUAUGGUUCCUUGAUGGUUGGAAAAAAAGCCACAAAUCGUUUCAUGCAAAGAAAUGUCACUAAGGGAGAGGUUUUGUAUGUUCAUAAUGGAAGAGAAAUUGGUGAAAAAGGAAAACAGGAUGCUCUAAUCUUUGUUGUUUCAGACAGACCAUUUCCCAGACUUUUUGACCAGCCCAAGCACACUGUAACAGUUCUUAUACUACCUAUGAACAACCGCCCACCACAGAUUCAUUUUCAGAGAGCUGUCCUAGUGGAGGAAGGACAACAAGCAGUUAUUGAUGAUAAAAUAAUUUCUGUAAGUGAUGCAGACACUCAGAUAUCUAUGUUAAGGUGUUUUGUGACUAAAGAACCAGAUUUUGGUUUUCUGGAGAACACAAGACCUUUGAUUGAAUAUGAAACAGAAAGGAGAGGACGAGUGGCACACACAUUCUUGUUUGAAGAUGUUCAAGCAGGCUACAUAUAUUAUAUACAGUCUAAACACAAAGGGUUGGAACCAGAAGCAGAUUUUUUUGAGGUGAUGGUGUCUGAUGGAGUAUUUAACACUUCUUCAGUUUUGGUCAGCAUUAAGAUAAUUCCUGUAAAUGAUGAAGUUCCUUUGGUGACUCUUAAGAACUUAACUGUACCUGAGGGAGGAUUAGCAAGAUUGGACCCUGAUACUUUGACAGUGACUGACAGAGACUUCCCAGGUAACAUAAUAACUGUAAGGAUAGAGACAGCUCCUAAGUCAGGAUCACUGGUCCAGGUUGUACAUUUGGAUCAUGCUAACAUGGAGAGAGAUUUACCAUUUGUUGAACUAACACUUGAUGGAUUCUACCAAAAUGUCCAUUACAGGCAUAGUGGUAAUGAGAAUUUCUUUGACUGGUUUACUUUGGCAGUUAGUGAUGGAAAAAAUACAGUUUCAAAAACAGCAUAUGUUUCUGUGACACCUCUGAAUGAUGAACCUCCUCGGGUUUUUAAGAAUAUUGGAGGUGAAGUGGAUAAUCAAGGAAAUUUGUUAUUGUCCAGUGCAUUGUUACUAGCAAUUGAUGAAGAUACACCUCCAGAGCAAUUGAUAUAUCAUGUUACUACACCUCCAAACCUUGGAAUUCUUCAAAAGCUUCAACGGAAGUGGUUGUGGACUGUUCUUGAUCCCAUGAAUUUCAGUCAAGAAGAGAUUAGUAACAACCUUAUCAGAUACUCAUAUCAAGGGUUAAGCACUUCUUUGAAGCAAGACAGUUUUCAGUACUCUGUGGGUGAUGGUGUUCAUCAAACCAAAGUAUUUUUGUUUCCUAUCCUCUUGGCUGACUUUCACAACAGAACAACAGAGUUCAGGUUAAAUGGGACAGUUGUUCCUUUUGGAAGUCAUGUUACAGUUAGUAGAAACUCCUUUGGUGAUGUUAUGGAGGACCUGGAAGCUGAAGAUUUUUUUAUUGUAACACGUACACCACAAUAUGGUCACUUGGAGAUAAGUUCAAGUGCAGGAGAGCCAAUUGGUCAGUUCUCUUUGCAAGAGUUACUUGAUGGACAAGUUAUAUAUAACCACACUGUUCAAGAUAUACAAACUGAAUUGGAUAGUUUUGAUUUUAUGGUAGUCAAAGGAAAUAGAGAGAUUACUGGUAUAUUUCCAAUCAAAAUUUCUCCUAUUAUUGAUUAUUCUGUGGUUUUGACUACUUUAAAGAAAUUAAAAGUGUUUCAGAAUGGGACAGCAGUAAUAUCAUCAAAUCAUCUUGAGGCCAGAGGUGAUCAAUUAGCUCCAGAAGACGUGCAUUUUAUUGUUGUAGAAUACCCUCAUUUUGGUAUUUUACUGAAGAACAACAGGGACAUUGUACAGAACUUCAGCCAAGAAGAUAUCAAUAAGGGAAAUGUCUCGUAUAAGAAGGAGUCAUCUAACUUUACCACAUCAGACAAUUUUGUUUUCCAGUUGUCUAGUAAGAAUACAAUAGCACAUAAAUCAGAAGAUGGAAAGCAAACAAAUUUUCGAAUUUUGUGUUUGAGAAAGAUUUUGGAAAAUGGAGAAUAUGGUUUCACCCUAACAACUAGAAAUUUGAUGGCUGUCGGUGAAGAUUCAAAUGUAGAAGAACUACAAUAUGAGCUUAUAGGCUUGCCACAAAAUGGUUUUCUCAGAGUGAAAUCUUAUAGUCAACCAGUAACAUCUUUCACUCAAUUAGAUGUUAACGAAAAAAAUGUCCGUUAUGUGAUCCAUGACAGUAAGGUUAAUGCCAUGAAUGACAGUUUUACCUUUAGAAUAGUUAGUAAUGGAAAAAGUGAAAAAGAACACAGCAUCGUUCUACACUGGUCUGUGGCUCAGUUUUCUUUGCCAGAAUAUAGGGUGUGUGAGAACCAGAAAUAUUUCAUAGUUGAAAUUUUAAGACGAGGAUCAUUGAAUGGAUCUUCUUUUGUGACAGUUUUAGCAAUAGACCAAACAGCACAGGCAAAAAAAGACUAUAUUCCAGAUAAAGCUAAUAUCAUUCAAUUUGAUCCAGGUACAACAAUAGCUGUUUGGAAUAUUGAGGUAAUCCAAGAUGGAUUGGUAGAAGCUCCGAUUGAACAGAUUCAGAUUGUUCUCUUUGAUCCUAUCAAUACGGUGAUAAAUGAUGUUGGACGUGUUGCAUUAAUCAGCAUACAUGAUGAGAGUUGGAAUGAUUGUCAGACAACAACUGGAAAAAAUAGUGGUGUUGCACCUGACUGGUCCAGUAUUCCAAAGAAUAUUCCUGAUACCUCAGGAUGGGGAAACUAUCCUCUUUGCAGCUCCUUCUACACAGGGCUUUUACACUUCAACCCUACCAUCAGAGAAUUCCAGGAAUGUAAUGGAGAAGAUUGGGUUCUCUGGAAGCCAACGUCCAAAGACUCGUCGCAUAAGUUGUCAUCUAAGGAAGUAGUUGGGAUGUCACCAGUAAAGAAAAUAGAUUCAUCUUCAAAACCUCCUGGUGUAUUGUUACCCAUGACUAAUAGAUCCUCAUCAGAAACACCACCACAUGAGUUUCAUUACAUUGCUUCUUUUCAGAGAGGCUCUGAUGUCCAACAUAGGGAUACAGUUUUGUCUGGUGGUUUGCCAAAAAAUAAUGACAAUAAAGUGGUUCACAAAACAACAAAAUCCCAUUCUUCAGAAUGUCCAGACGAUUGGAGAUUGUAUGGAAACCUCUGCUAUGGUUUUCUUCGUGGACAAAUAUCUGGUAAAGAAGCACUAAAUUCGUGUAGAAAACGAUAUGAUGGACAGGUGGCAGCUGUUCAGUCACUGGAACAUAAUAAAUGGCUCCUUCAGUUAGCAGAAGGUAGACCUUUCUGGAUUGGCUUACAGUACAACAGAAGAAAUGCUAGAUGGGGAUACAAAGGUUUGUCUGAAGUACCAUUUGUCAACUGGAAACCCCGAUUUCCUAAGGUUUCUCGAAAGGGUCGAGUGAAACAUCGAUGUGUUUUGGUCAGAGGGACUGGCCAAUGGAUUAACAGGAACUGUGCAGGCCAUCAUCACAAUAUUGUUUGCUCUAGACCUCCGGGUUAAAUACCAUCUUAGCUAUUAGAUUUAAUUUGCUAUUCUUGCUUUUGCUUCAUGUUUUUUAUCAUAUGUUUAUAGUUCAGCUUCAAGCAAAUUAAAAAAUGCAGAAUAUUAUAGGCUGGUACUACUUAUCUUAGGUUUAUGACGAUUGUAUGUGAAGUAUGUAAUUUUUCUACUUUUUUGAUAAAUUUCCAUCUUUUGUCUUAGGACAGUUAAUGCAUAUUUUUACUUUCUCCAACAUUUUUAUAUUACUUUUUUAACUCUUUUACAGAAAAAAAUUAUUUUAUUACCAUUGAAAAUUAUGUUAAAAUAAUUGUUUCAGCUAAAUUGAAGGCUAAGUUAUAUUUUAGGUGUAGCUGAGAAAAAGUUCAUGAAAUGCUGACCUUAGUAACAGACUUUGUGUGUCUUUGGAUGUGAAGCACAGCCUUGUUUACUAUAACAAACAAGGAAACUUGCACAUUAAUAAGAUUUUCGUGCAUUUGCUUAAUAUGUGUUAGAUUUGAAUAUAUAUAUAUAUGUGUAUAUUAAAAUCAUUUUGAAGAAGGUUGAGUCAACUUUUGUUUUGAUGGUUUCUUCCAGUCAAGUUCCAUUUCACAGUAUUGGUUAAACUCUGAAGGUAUGUAUGGUCAGUAAAAGAUCUAAUGUCAGGUGUGAUGUGAAAAAGAAUUUCUGUUUUAGAAUCAUAUGGUGCAUUGUAAUUUUAUAUUUAAACUUGUAAAUAUUGCAUAUUUGUAAUGUAUUAAAUAGCAUUAUUUUGUUUUCUGUGUUAGCCAAUAGUAAAAAAACUUCAGAAUGUGAUUUUAGCACAAAAAUGUAAAAAUUACUGUUGGACAUUUACAUGUGUAACAACCAAAGAUAUUAAAUGCUACAUUUAACAUCUUAUAUUAAAGAAUAAUUGUGGUUGCAUUUAAUUUUGUCUUCGAAUUACUUCAACAUUUUGAUGAAAAUAAUCUGAAUACUGGUAAUUAUGGAUUCAAAACACUAUAUGUUAAAGUGUUUAAUGUAAUGGAACAAUGAUGUAGAAGUUGUCAACUCACACUAUGUUUUAAUAUUGUAAGAACUCUAAAUAUUUCAUGGAACAUACUGUUGGAAUGCAGCUUAUUAAUGACUGGUUAUUAGUAUUCUCAUAUGAUCUUGAAGUAGUGUAAUAAUUUUUGUUUCAGUUAGAAAAAUGCUUUGAAGUAUACACCUUACCCUAGUCUGUAGUGAGUCAAUGAUGUAGAAUUGUUCAAUGAUUAACAAAAUUGAUUUUUUGUUAAUUUGAGCAUUUUUUAUAUGGUUAUUAUAGUCAUUUGAAACUAAUCCAUUUUUUAAGUCAGUCGAAAAAAAAUCAAAACAUUUUCUUCUAAAAUUGUCCACUAUAAAUGUUAAACACUAGAAUAAUUAGAUGUGAAAGCAAUGCAGAUGAGGUGCUUGCAUAAGAAUUGAAAAUAAAGAUUUUUAGGUGUAGUUUCAUAAAAAAUAUUAAGCUUAAUAAAUACAGAAAUUCUAAAAUACUCAAGUACUGUAUUGCAGAUAUGGUAUUUCACUUCCUCAAAGUUGUGGCUGAUUUGGAUAGUUUGGCUGUGUUAUUUGUUCUCUUUCUCCUAGAACUUAUUUUAUGUUGAAACUGUAAUGAAUUAUUUCCAAGUGUAAUUUUGAUUUACUAAUACUUUUUCCCAUUUACUUAAAACUGACAUAAAUUUAAAAAUCAGUUAUUUGAAGCCAUUACUUUUUAACAAGUAUAAAAAUAUAUUAGGUAAAAG